AUGUUCAAAAAGAAGCCGCAGAUCAAAAACCUCUCACCGCUACGCUCCUCUGACCGCCGCAAACUCGCCGACCAAAUCAUCGCCGAUUACAAGGUGCAUGUACCGACACUAGAAGAGAUCGAUCCAACCUGGUCGGCAGCAGAAUCUCAGGCACCACAGACCACCCAGAAUCCCACUCCAGCUCUCUCAGCAACUCGCUCCAGCCUCGUGCCUGAAACAUGUCUCUCCGCGCGCUUUACCACUCACGCCGGCCCCAAUGCAACCUUGGUGUCAGGUACGGUCUACGUAGGCGCACAGCCUGGUCAAGAGGAGAGGAUAUUGUGGAUACAAUACGGCAAAGAGGCGAAACUGUAUCCCACAGUCUACACGCUAUGGCGGAAUCCAGGACUGGUCCCAUUGCUACAUACCCCGGAUUUCGUGAUUGACAAAUUGCGCUCCGGAGCGGAUCUGAUGACCCCAGGUCUUGUGGGGGGGCCGCCGUGGCCUGAGAAAGCGAAGCCAGGCGCGGUCGUUGCUGUCGCGGGACUCGAGCAUCCUAGCGUUCCGGUGUGGGUUGGAGUCUGCAAAAUCGAUGUCUCAAGCCUCGGGCGUGUCCAAGGAGCCAAGGGCGCCGCGCUGGAAGGAGUCCAUUGGGAAAGAGACGAAAUCUGGAAUUGGAGCCAGACGGGCAGUGGAGGCCGAGCUGCUCCGGAGAGGAUAGAAGGGUGGGAACUGGAAAUGGCAAGCAUUGGAGACGGAGUCGGGCAGCUGGAUCUAGACGAUGACGAUGAAGAUGGUCAAGAAGAGGGCGGCGUCGCUUUGGAGUCUUCAGCCACGGCAGAGGGCGAUCGAGCAGCAGCAGAUGAACCACCUGAAGAUGAGCCAGAACGAGAGCCCGAAAAGGAACCAACCACAGCCGAAGUGGACGAGGCUUUUGUUGAAGCCUUCCUCUACGCCGUCUACAACGCCAAAAAGAACGGCGAGCCACCGCACUACGGACUCGACUUCCCCAUCCAACCUUCAUUCCUGAUUGCCAACAUGAUCCAGCCUCACCUCCGCUUCCCGAACCAACACUACACGAUCAAAAAGACGUCGUGGAAGAACACCAAAAAGUUCAUCAAAUACCUGGACAAAUCGGCCCUCGUGAAAUCCAAGGACCGCAACGGCGGCGAAACCGUGAUUCUGGACAUCGACUUCACAGACGAAAGGAUCCGGACUUUCACACCGUACAGACUUCCCAAGCCGAAGCCAACCCAGCAAUCAGCGGCCGCUCAGGAUACCGACGACAACCACCAGUCCUCCGCUGCCAACGGAGGCGGCGGCGGUGACCCAUCGUUGGGCCAGAAACUGACAAUCCAGACGCUGUACCGGGCAUCAAGCAAGCUCGUGCCAGACCUGAUCCCGUCCAAGACGACAUUCUACACGUCGUCGCAGAUCUCGGCCUUCCUGAAGAAAUACCUCGAAAUCCAUCCCGAGCUGACCAAAGACACGUCCUCGGCUCGAUUCGUCAAACUGGACCCCUUCAUCGCCAACAACAUUCUGUCCUCCAACGCCUCGAUCUCCGACACUCGCACGCUCGCCGCGGGAGAAAUCGCCCGCGACGCCCUCCUCAAACGCAUCCUCGACGACUCGCAUCUCUGCGUGCCCCACUGGCUCCUCCUGCGCGGCAAACAGAGCUACGACCCCGAGAACCCCGAUCCGUCGCUCAAGCCGAGAUCCGGCCCUCCACCGCACGUCAGCAUCACGGUCGAGAAGCGGUCUGGCACGAAAGUCGCCACGAAGAUCUCCGGCCUGGAGCUCUUUGGAAUCAACCCGCAUCUGUUGGGCCCGGAAUUGCAGAAGAAGUGUGCCGGCAGUGCCAGCGUCGGGCAGCUGGUCGGUGGGAAGCCUGGCAUGCUGGAGAUCAUGGUCCAGGGCGACCAGAGAGAUGUGCUGGAGAAGGAGCUGGCGCGGAGAGGUGUGGAUCGCAGAUGGAUCAUCGUCGAGGACAAGACCAAGAAGAAGGGAGGGAAGAAAUGA